UCUAAGUUUGUUUAACGUUCAAACUCGUUGUUACAUUUGUAGAGGUUCAAAUCCAAACAUUUCAAGAUAUUUCGUGGGAUUUUGAAAAUCAUGCCGCGUUCUUUUCUUAUAAGAAAAAAAUCGCGAUAUACUGUUUCCAGUCAGAGUAGUACAAGCCAGCCUGUUAAUACUCCAGUCCAAAUGGAAAGAGGAGUCUCGACAGUGAGCAAAUCUCAUCGAGAGAAAGCGAUUUUCAAAGAAGAGGCAGAUGUUUUGCCAGAGAAUCAAAUCACAGUAGAAGUGAGCACGAAUCCUGAAUCGAACUCUGGAUUUUCCCAUCCACUAAACAGUCAGUGCACUAAUGCGAUGGGCGUGCAUGAUCAAGUGGUGAAGCCGUUCAAUCAUGACACUCAUGGUGCCUUUUCUCCACUUCUUCCACCCUUCAAACCCAGUCCUUUUCUUCCCAUUCAUCCCACGAGAAAUGAAAACUUUCAUUGGCCUGGGCCUGCUUUUCCAGAACCGUCCGCUGUUCACCCGAAGCUGCUUUGGAAGUUCCCCCAAUUUUAUACAAAUCUCAGAGGACCGCAUCACGUGAUGCCCCAUGAGACCGCUGACAUGAGACACUGCUUUAACUACAGCUACCUCUCGAAUGGCUAUUUAUCUCAGCCCAGUCUCUUACACGAAACAGCAGCCAUGACAAACAGCUAUACGUCACCACUUCCGCCUAAUUUGAUUGGACAACAAGCCGCGUGUCAUAACAAUGGCGCUAUGAAACCUGAGCACGAUAGCUUCGUUUUGCGCGAGAAAAUGGGGAUAAGCCGACAAACGCAUUCUGGGAAGRCGAAGGACAUACCACGUGAUUCGAAUCAGCCAAUCACUUUUGAUCGYUCUAAAGUGGACAUUGAUGAUUUAGAAGAAGAAGAGUUUGACACCCACACACACGGUGAAUUGUGYGGACAGGAGGUAUUUGMUUGUAAGACUUGUCAGAAAGUGUUCUGYACAUCGCGYAGUCUUGAACUCCAUGUCAGACGUUCGCACACUACCUCAAGACCUUAUUCUUGUCCAACAUGCGGCAAGACGUUUAGUCAUUUCGUAAGUUUAACUCAACACAAGAAGACACAUGCAACGGUCAGGACAUUUGAAUGCAAGAAAUGCGGUAAACACUUCAAGAGAUCGUCAACUCUCUCAACRCAUAUGUUGAUCCAUGCUGAUAUCAGACCUUUCUCAUGUGCCUACUGCGGSAARCGAUUCCAUCAGAAGUCCGACAUGAAAAAACACACCCUGGUGCACACAGGGGAGAAGCCUCACGAGUGUACAUAUUGUGGAAAGUGUUUCAGUCAGUCGUCGAAUCUCAUCACUCACAGUCGAAAACACAUGGGGUUUAAACCCUUUGGUUGCGAAGUGUGCGGAAGAGCUUUCUACAGAAAGGUCGACCUUAGAAGACAUGCGCAUGUCCAUACCAAGGGAUUUCUCCAUGGAAACGAUGUGACGUCGACAUCGUCGGAAGCACGUGACGAAUACUUUCUCAAAGAUUACACCGUUUUAUACAGAAAUUGGGUGUACCGGUUUGUGCCUCAAGAAGAGAUUAUGCCGCGUUCGUUYCUAGUACGGUUUAGAUCGACUAACUCUGCCGAGGGAGAUCUUCAAAUUAGCCCAUCACAGCAACAAGAGAAAAAAGUCGAAAGCAAUGGAAAGGAGAUCCGAGGAGAGGAAUAUGAAUCGCAAGACAAGAGAGCCGACAAACAUGGCAAUGUUCCCUGUUCAACUACUAUACGUCAAAGCACUGAUUCACUUCUUCAAAACAGCAAACAACUUCAAGAAUACGAUGAAAAUUGCAGCAAAAAAGAAAGCGUUUUUCAAGAAAUUGUUCAAAAUUACAAAGAAAAAAAGAAGAUUAAAAAAGAGGAGAAAGUGAAAAGUGAACGGGAAAGUGCAGAGGAACACAACGUUGAUGAAAAUGAGAAUAUUGUGAACACGGUCAAGGCAGAGGGCGGUGGACAAGCUUACUCGCAAGCAUAUUUCCAGUACCCAAAGGCGGAUAGCUAUUUUAAGAACAGCCCUCUGUUCAUCCCAGCAAGCAGCGCGGGCAUCCUAUCGCCUGCGGUUUGGCCAUAUCAACAACCAGCUACCCAAGAUAGACCAGAAUCCUUUGCUCGCUGGAUGCAACACUGGGCAGAAACAAGACAAGCCUUGAAUGGUCAAAAUCCCUUUCGUUACUUUAAUAAUUUCUCCGGCCCAAUGACGUCACCGGUGAAAUCUGACACGGUCUCAGCCAAUCAGAGUCCCUCACCGACCGAAGGGAGAAUAUCAAGUGGUCAGCGUUCACAAAAACGCUUCUACUCAUGCGCCAUUUGUGACAAAUUGUUCAAUAAUUCAAUCAGUCUCAAGCAGCAUAUGAUCGUUCAUUCCUCGAAAAAGCCAUUUCAAUGUCACGUGUGUGAGAAAAGUUUCAAGCGUUCUUCGACACUUUCGACGCACAUGCUUAUUCACUCCGAUACGCGUCCGUUUGAAUGUGAAUUUUGCGGCAAGAAAUUCCACCAGAAAUCCGACAUGAAGAAACAUACAUACACACACACGGGCGAGAAGCCGCAUUUCUGCACGUUUUGUGGAAAGUCAUUUAGUCAGUCUUCUAAYCUGAUCACUCAUUGCCGCAAGCACAAGGGWUUCAAACCGUUUUCGUGUCGUGAGUGCGGUGUUUCCUUCUUCAGGAAGGUUGAUCUCAGACGUCAUAACUACCUACACGAGAUGAAGGAGUAAAGCCUUACACUGAUUGACAUUAACUCCAGUCUACCAAUCAAAUUGCGAUUUGUAAACCAACAGUGAGAUGAUCGUUCACAACCCCCUUUAAUCCGUUAAAAGACGUCGCUUUUUGCGACCAGUGAUCUUUAUAUGGGAUUAGUAAAGAAUAAACCAUUCGGUAGAGUCAUUUACAUUAUAAAAACUUCAGUCUAUGGCUUGCAACGAAAUACUGAAUUCCUGGUGAAAAUCAAACAAAAGUAUCCUCAACUACCGUCCAAAUACGGAAAAUAUAUAUGCGAAAAAAACGUCGGUUUUAACACGUGUCAAACUGAAUGAAAACCGCAACAACCAGUCCUUGUAUAAAAUGAAACAGUUAUCUACGAUAUAGGGACUGACUUUAUGAAGCGGGCUGGCAAGGUUGACCCGAAAAGAACCGGGACAGCCGCCAUCAUUAUCAUCAGCCCCCUACAAAUUGAAUUGUGUAUUCCCAAUCACAUAUAACUACAUUAAGUUCCUUUAAGAAGUCGCUUUUCGGGUGAGCCUUUUAUAAUAUGAAAGCAGCAACGUCGUUUUUUACAUGUGCCUCUUCAUAAUACGAAAAAACGUCGUUUUUCACAUGUGUCUUUUUAAUGAUAAAGGCAAAUCGUAGCGCGUGAAUCAUUCUGUUCUUAAAACAACUCAAAAUAAACAAAACUCAACAUUGGGAAAAAGGUUUUUACAGUUGGAGUUAAAAGAAAAUCAGUACUCGAGAUAUGUCAGUUGUCUUAUUUAUCCCCAUACAAAAUACUUGUUUUAACUUUGCAUGCGCUGACAAGAUAUCAUUUGGUACUCGUCGAUUAACUUACCAACAUUCUGAGUUGGGCCUGGGUACGAACAUGCAAUAUCGUCCACAGGAAGCCCAUUUUCAUCAUUCUUUGCUUUAAUGAAUACAUGGGAACCAUAAACUAAGAAAAGAUAAAUUAACGUUAUAAAAGUAUGUAUUAAUGUUGUCAAAGAAGAGAUCAGUUGCUAUCAAAGACAUCAACUUCAUUUUCAAAUAAGAGAGAAAACAAUACGAAGAUGUUUAACAAAUAAAUAAUAUAUAAAUUGUAAAAAACAUAAAUAAUAUAUGAAUUGUAAUAAACUAUAACUGAUAACUAUAAUAUUAAUAAAAUAUUAACAAAUAUAUAUAUAAUACUUAUAUGACGUUCAUACCGCAAUUCAACCGUAAUUUUCGUAAAGUUUUCAGUGUCAAUUAUUAGUAAAAAAAAUAAAACCCACGACAUAAAACUUUUUUGCAAGAAAAUGCAUGAAAUUACUCAAUUUUGAAUAAAAAGUAUUGAAAUUUGAAAUAAAGUGAAAGCUGAUUUGAA